ACUCGGUCCAUGAAUUUACCACACACUCAGCUGGCGUUGGUAAAAAGCCCGCAAGGAGCAAAACACAAACAAGCACAAGCAACAAGCAGGCACGUGGAAGCACACAGCACAGCACACAGCACACCGUCUUCGACUCUCGGUUGCACUGAGCAGCGUCGCGUUGUGCCAAUUGUUUACACAAGCACCAUGACGGAACGGCGGCUGGUGGCUGACAAGGACUACAUUGUCGGCGACGUUGUUCUGAAGGACACGCCUUUCGUGUGUGCGCAGUUUUCCUGGAAUCGCAAGUGUGGCUAUGUUGCGUGCUCGCACUGCCUUCGCUCCCUCGAGUCUGCAGAGGCAAUGGCCACCCGCCUUGCUGGGCAAGACGUGAAGCUGCCGCACCCCGAGCUGUGCCCAAACAACGGCCGGGAACGCGUGACUUGCACGCAGUGCGAGGAGGUGUAUUGCAAUGAGGCAUGCCGUGACAAGGCAUGGCAGCUGCACCACAAGGUCCUCUGUCCCGGCGACCCCCAACGCGCCGCCCUGCUCACCGCCCUGGAAGAGGCCUGGAUGCAAGUGCACACGCCGCCGGAGACGACGUCUGCCAUGCUCAUUGUCCGGCUCCUCGCACAGCUCGUCAGCGGCGACACGACGACGCUAAAGGCACUGGACGUGCUGUGCCAUCACACCAAGGCCGAGAUUGGCGGGAAAAUGCACACGCACAAGCUGCUUGAUCCGCCACACGUCGACCAUGUGCACGCUAUGCAGCCGUUUAUCAUCGACAUUGUCAACUCCUGGUCGGACAAGCACGACAUCGGCCUCGCCAUGCAGUGGGCGACGGAGAGGUAUCUUGAGCUGUGGGCGCUGCUUGGCCUCAACUCCCUCGGCAUCGGGUCAAGUUCUGUGUCGCAGUACGAUAUUGCGCUUGCGCAGGCGUCCAUUUCCGAUGACGAGCGCCAGGAGGCGAGCGACUUCAUGGACAAUGUCUACGAAGUCAUGUUUGAGCACAGCGGCGAGUUUCUGGACGCGGAGGGAACGGGAAUCUUCUUCCACCAGAGCGCAUGCAACCACAGCUGCGAGGCGAAUGCGGAGUGCCAGUUCAAAUAUGGCGACUGCACCGUGGAGGUCGUCGCAACAACGGCCAUUGCAAAGGGCGAGGAGGUGUUUAUUUCGUAUCUUGACGACCAGCUUCUCUCCGCCAGCAGAAACGACCGCUGGGACGAACUCAGACGCGGGUAUCUGUUUGAGUGCGGGUGCAGCAAGUGCGUAGCGCAGGCGGCCAACCCUGACGAGCCAGACUCCCUCAGCGACAUCGACUCCUCCCUAGACGGUGACGACGAAGAUGAUGGUGUUGGCGAUGAUGAUGGUGAUGAUGAUGGUGAUGGUGAUGGUGAUGGUGAUGGUGAUGGUGAUGAGAACGCCAAGAACACUGCGGAAGAGAAGGCCAACAGCAGCGAAGACACCACGCCAACGCAACCAGAGCAACAGGAGGAAGAACUGCAAGACGAGGAACAGCAGCAAGAGGAGGCAAAGCAGCAGCAGGAGCAGCAGCAGCAGCAGGAGCAGGAGCAAGUUGCACCACCGCCCGCCACCCCCGCCACCAAUGACGAGGAUGACGAUGAUGCGGAUGGCGCCGAGUCCGUUGACGGCUUUGAGGAUCUCGACAUUGGGGAUGAAGAGGAUGAGGAGGACUGCAUGGAGGAAGAGGAGAUGUUCCAAUAGUGCACACGCGCGCGUGCACACACACACACACACACACACACACACACACACACACACACAUGGGGUAUGCGAGCAUGGCUUGCAGCGGUGCGAUGGCGUUGUGUGACGGCUGCUGUUAAGCUGUUGCGUGUCUUGCGUGCCCAGUCACUUCCUGUCCCACCUUUGUUUUCUUGUGGGCUGCUUCUAGUUUCGAUAUUGACGUCUUGUUCUUCUGCCUUGCUUCAUUGCUGUCUUUUACUUACACGUUCAUGCCUCAAGUCUCUGUGCAUAUCAAACAAACCAAUGCACAUCAACGAACCCAACAAACCAG